UAUAAUUGCAAAUCCAAGCUGAAGAGCAAAGGAAAGAGCAAAGGCAACCCAAGAUGAAGGCUGUAGUUUUCCUUCUUGUCUCUCUGCUUGCAGUAGUUUCCUGCAAAAAAAUCAGCUACCAGAAGUGCCCGUCUACUAAAGAGCUGGGUGAAAUCGUCUCCAUUGAUGUAACGCCGUGCGAGGAAGAACCGUGCGUUCUGAAGAAAGGAAGUAAUGAAACAGUCACCAUCACCUUCAUCCCGCACGAAGUUGUCACCGGCGCUAAGAUUUACGCAUACGCUAUCAAGGGACCGAUACAUGUGCGCCUUCCGGUGCCGAAUCCCAAUGCGUGUCAAGACCACGGAUUAUCUUGUCCAUUGAAGAGCGGUGUACAAGUGGAGUUUGUUUUGGUCGAAUUCGUCUCACCCUCUGUCCCCAGCGGUGACGUGAAACUAGAAGCGCAAAUCAAAGAUCAAGAUGGCAAGUCUCUGAUCUGUGGGAUUGUUAAGUUGCAUAUUCAGUGAACUUUAAUUCAGUAUACUGUUACAUUGUAUAUCUCUUAGACUAAUUAGUCCUGGUUGGUCAGUGUGAGAUAUUUGGUUUUUUUGCAUCCUUUUGCCAGAUUAAAUGAGGAACAACUUAA